CAUCACCGCUUGCGGCUUGUAGAACUAGUGCGAAGCAAAAUGAGGGCAGCCAUGUUGUAGCAUCACCACAGAGAGAAAGAAAGAAAGGAAGGAAGGACGAAAGAAAGACAGAUAAAGGAAGAAAGACUGAGGAGAGACCAUUGGAAGUAAUCACCCGAGGACAAAGACCAUUUAAAUUAAUCUCAAUUCGCCAUCACAGGAGUCCCACAUAAACCGGAGACAUCAUGAGCGGGGGGACCCCUUACAUCGGCAGCAAAAUCAGCCUCAUUUCGAAGGCCGAGAUUCGCUAUGAAGGGAUUUUGUACACUAUCGACACAGAAAAUUCGACGGUGGCACUCGCAAAAGUGCGUUCUUUUGGUACGGAGGAUCGGCCCACCGACAGGCCCAUCCCACCCCGUGAUGAGGUUUUUGAGUACAUCAUCUUCAGAGGGAGCGAUAUCAAAGACCUCACGGUUUGUGAGCCUCCAAAACCCACAUGCUCCCUCCCCCAAGACCCCGCCAUUGUCCAGUCAUCUCUUGGGUCCACCGCUCCUGCGACGACAUUCCAGUCCGUGGGCUCCUAUGGGCCUUUCAGCCGGGCUCCCGUGCCUCCCUACAGCCAGUUCAGCCCUGGCCCCCUGGUGGCUCAGCAGUUUGGGGCCGUCGGUGCAGGAAGCUCAGAGCCCGCCGUUGGUAGCGACACGAGCGUAGCUGCACCCCUGUCCCAGAGCAGUACUAUUGGCUCAGCUUUUACCCCUGACUCAGUGAAUACACGCGUAAUUGAAGGUCGCACAAGCCCCCAACUGGACCCUCUGAUUAAGAGCCCCACCCUGGAGCAGGCAGCACAGACGGCCCCCUCCCCUCCCGUGGCCGUGGGACGGAGGAGCCCCGCCCCAGCCAGACCCGCCCCAACCAGCAGCCAGAAGCCCCUGGACGGUCCAGAGCAGCGGAGAGGGCAUUUAGUAAACAUUAAACAUUAUAACUUGACAGGAACUGAACCCCCAAAAACCCAGAGACAAGAUUCUGAACCAGGAAGGGGUGAUCCGUCUAAACGGCAAUCGGGAGGGGCACCGCCUGUCCGUCGGGGCCGUGGAAGUGGAGGAGGUGGUGGUGGUGGAGGAGGAGGCGGAGGCGGUGGUGGUGGUGGUGGUGGCGGAGGAAGCGGCGGCGGCGGCGGUGGUGGUCAUGGCGGAAGCGGUCACGGCGGUCACCGUGGCAGGGGCCGCUUCGCCGUGCGGAGAGACGGGCCCGUGAAGUUCGAGAAGGACUUCGACUUCGAGAGCGCCAACGCCCAGUUCAACAAGGAGGAGAUUGACAGGGAGUUCCAGAGCAAGCUCAAGCUAAAAGACGAGAAGCCCGAGAAGGUGGAGAAGGCCGUGAACGGCGAGGACAAGGGCGACUCCGGAGUGGAGACGCAGAACAGCGAGGGGAACGCCGACGAAGAGGACCCCCUCGGCCCCAACUGCUAUUACGACAAGUCCAAGUCUUUCUUCGACAACAUCUCCUGUGACGACACCAGGAAAGCAGCAGAAAAGUCUGGAAUUUCAGCAUUCCCAAGGGAGCGAAGGCCGACCUGGGCCGAGGAGCGGCGGAUGAACGCCGAGACGUUCGGCAUCCCCGUGCGCCACGGGCGCGGCCGCGGCGGCUACAGGGGGCGCGGGGGCAUGGGCUACCGCGGGGGCCGGGGCCGCUCGGCCAGCCGGGGCUCUUUCGGGCCCCCGCGCGGAGGCACCGGAAGCUUCCGCGGCUACAGAGGAAGCCGGGGCGGCAGGGAGUUCUCGGAUUUCGAAUACAGGAAGGACAACAAAGUGGCUGCGUAGUACAACAGGAAGGCGGAUCCAAAAAGAAGCCUCGCUCCUCUCGGUCCAGAAAUUCGCUUGGGGGGUCUCAACUUUUGCCAAAAAAGAAAAAAAAAAAAAAAGAACGAAGAAGAGUACUCGCUGUUUAUUCGUCACCAGCACUGGGGGUGGAGACUGCUGGAGUUCAGCGGGUGUAAAAAGAUUUACACGCAUUUAUGACGCAGUCUGCGGGGGGCUUAUUCAGCGCUACGUGGGAAACAUUGGCAGAAGGACGAGAGAUUAUGUAAAAUACAGUACUUCAGUGGAACUAUUCAGUAUUUUUGCAUCAAUUUGAGUUUUUCUUACUAAAAUUGUAUUUGAUAAUGUUCUGUUAAGUGUAAAGAUGUAUGCAGAAGCCCGCUGAUACUGUGAUGAGUACUUUGGUCACUGAUAUAGCUUUAUUUUUUUGGAUAUAUCCUGUAAUGUACCUUAGAAGCACCAAAAUCUUGUACAUAGCCAGUUUGGGUCACAGUUACAGCUUUAUACCUUGUUUUCUACUUCACGUAUCUCGAUAGCCGGUUUAAUCCCACUUCUCAACUGCCUGCUGUAUUUUGCCGAGUCGUCCUUGUCCGAAGUACUCGUUUUAAUUUGCAUUUUUGAUGUUCUUGGGUAUAUCGGCACAGUGUGGCUCACACGGCGAACAGACUUUUCAGCAUACUAGUUGAGCAUACCUAGUCAGUAUGGUUCCACAAAGAAGUACGGAGCCAUUGGUGCGAGCUAGACUUCAGCAGCUGUCGUUCUUUUCUGGCUUGAUAUCGUUCUUUUCUGGCUUGAUAUCAUUUCUGGCUUGAUACCACUUCGAUGUUUUGUAGUCACUUCAGACCUCCACUAAGACCCAUUCACACGGGACAUACGAACAGGUGCCACCGCUCCCUACAAACCACUGGAAUGAGAUUUGUUGGCCUUCGGGUUGGUUGAAGGCUGUGAUUUUCUGUGGCGGUAGAAGAAUGUGUUCAUUUUCAUUUCUACCCCAGAGAUGCGACACUGCCCAUGUUUUGUGACUUCAGAAGGUCAGUAUGGAAUUGCUGCAAUUGAGUUUUGACGAGCUUAAAUAGUUUACUUUGACAUUGUUAUGCUGGGAGUUGAAGUGUGUCCAUGCCGUAAACUGCUUAUUUUUGUCAGUUGUAUAGACCCAGUAACUUGCGCCUGGUGUAGAUGUCAAUAUUCACAAUAAGUUAAUUUUGUUCUUACGAUUACUGAUUAAGAUGGCGAAAUGUUUGCAUCACUGGGCACUUGAGUAUUCCCUUAAAAUUUUGUGAUCAUUGAUGGCGAUGGUCUCCAUAUUGCGAAGGAUGUUUCCCUUCCAGCAUUUUUAAAGUACUUAUCCAGAAAGCCUUGAAUUACUCUUAAGGAAUUAUUUUUUUCAGAAAAUACUCAAUUGCACUUUGAAGAAUUGGGUUUUUAAAGAGCAAUGUCAUCAGGUAACCCUUUAAAAAUAACCUGUGGGUUGUGUUUUGUGUCGACUACGUGGUGAUUUGUGAUGCCCGCUAUAUCCUGUGUGAAUGGACCUUGACCUUUUAAGCGUUGCGUUGGGUGCGUAAGACUUCAUAUUUUUAACAUUAAUAUUAGAGAUGUCAAAUUUUGGUAUGGUUUCUAAAAAAAUGCUAUAUAACAAGUGUUAAUGGUGACUGUAAGGUGAAUGGAUUACUUUGUAUAGCAGGCUAAGAAAUGUAAGCCACUUGAUUUGCUGCCUUGUACGUGCAAAGUUGCCUCUGACAUGUGACCGGAAAUUUACUUUCUCCUAAAAUAAGGAUCUAAUGGCUACAUGCUCAUGGGUAAGCAUGCAUAAGUAACUGGAUGUUUUUAAUAUGAUUUUGUUGCCUCUGAAGAUUUGGGACAGUGUCGAGUUAGUCAUUGCGUUACCAAGUGACUGGGUGCUAGAAGACUUUUUUUUCUCUUAAAGUUCUCUGGGUUUUCCGUUGACAGGAAUCUGAUAUAGCCUCGCUCUCAAAAAAAGUACAAUAAUCAUUUUAUCCUUUAAAAUGUGGAUACAUUUUUUUCUCCUUUACUUUCUGUUUUUGACCUGUUUUUCAAAUCUGUGACUGUUACAGAAUUGCAUUUCUCUGCAAGUCACCUGGCUCCAAGUGCAAAUUUCAGUUUAAAUGUAGGUUCACAGACUUGAUAAGCUAAUAUAGGCCUACAACUUUAAACCAGAGAGUUUUGAAAUCUAACAAGCAGCACAACUUUGGCGUAUUUUUUCUUAAAAAAAAACCGUCUGAAUGGAAUUAAUUUUUUUUCCUUUUGGUGUGGGAGGGGUGGGUGGUCACAUGGUAAAACAAUGCUUAAACUUUGGUACUCCAUUAGUUUUCAGACUGGGGAAGGGGAUGUUUCACAUUAUUAGUUCUCAAAUUUGGGAGGUGCAGGGAUUAUUGUGGCUAGCUACUCCCCAGAAAUGUUAAACCAAGAAAAAUUAGUUUACGAUUCUUGCAUAGACUUUCUAAAGGCACUACAAGAAAACCAGACCGAGGUGAUACAUGAUGUAGGGCAGCUAAUUAAAUGUCUAGUAGUUAGGUAUGUACAGUUGUUUGACCGUACAUUAUAGCGAACUCGCAAUACACUGCAUGAUAGUCGUGCCGUGUGAAAAGCCACAAAAUGAACGCUGAACAACUUCGACAUGUUCCCGGAUUUAUUGCAAUAACUGUACGUUACUGAAAUAUCCCAUGCUAAAUAGAGACCAAGACUGUACAUACUGCCAAAAUGCUAUACGCUGUGAAGGUUUCAUUUUGUUUAUUCCUGAUCUCUGGUUCCAAACUCAAGCAAUUUAACAGCAUGGUGUACCCUCAGCUCGCCUCAGCAGAUUGGGGUUUUUAUUCAACGCAAAGAAUAAACAGUUGUUCAAUA